CCUCCUUGCUUGUUCUGCCCACUAUGACUCGUUUGUUACCAUUUGAAACGACAGGCUGUGGUCUAUCUUGGUUUAGUUAUACACAUCUUUGAGACAGCCCUCCGUGCCGCUUUGUGGACAACGACUCCCAUUGUGAGGGCGAAGAGACAUGUAUCUUGUCAGUAUAUCCAUAAUCUUUGUUAUAGCUCAGUGGUGCAACCUGUUUUUGCUUCCGGUUUGUUGCUAGGGCAACAGUAACAAGCUAACCCAAACUUGAGGCUGCGCGAGUGAGACAGAUGCUGCACCGCACUGUUUGCAGCUGCUUUCAGGGAAAACUCACAAGCGACAAUAUAAUUGUUGCGGUUACAUAUUUAUUAGAAAAGUGGCGUUUUUUUUGUUUUUUUUUCUCAAAUUGUAAUAAUGAGUCAACGACAGGUUUUACAAGUGUUUGAGCAGUAUCAGAAAUCAAGGACACAGUUUGUGCAGACUAUUGCUGAGCUUGCAACAAGACCACAAAACAUUGAAACUUUACAAAAUGCUGGUGUGAUGUCCCUGCUGAGGCCUUUACUGCUAGAUGUGGUUCCUACCAUCCAGCAGACAACUGCUCUGGCUCUGGGACGACUGGCCAACUACAAUGACGACCUGGCAAAGGCCAUCGUCAAUGGAGACAUCCUCCCACAGCUCGUCUACUCCCUGACCGAGCAGAACAGGUUCUAUAAGAAGGCAGCAGCGUUUGUGCUGCGUGCGGUGGCCAAGCACAGCCCUGCUCUGGCCCAGGCCGUGGUAGACUGUGGAGCGCUGGACGCUCUGGUCAUCUCUCUGGAGGAGUUUGACCCUGGGGUCAAGGAGGCUGCUGCCUGGGCUCUGGGAUACAUUGCACGCCACAACGCACACCUGUCUCAGGCGGUAGUGGACGCGGGGGCCGUUCCUCUGCUGGUGCUGUGUAUCCAGGAACCAGAGGUGGCCCUGAAACGCAUUGCUGCCUCUGCCCUUAGCGACAUCGCCAAGCACUCCCCUGAGCUAGCUCAGACCGUGGUCGACACCGGCGCCAUCGCACACCUGGCCCAGAUGAUCCUCAACCCUGAUGCCAAACUGAAGAGGCAGGUGUUCUCUGCCCUGAGUCAGAUCAGUAAGCACUCGGUGGACCUGGCUGAGAUGGUGGUGGAGGCAGAGAUCUUCCCUGCUGUCCUGGCCUGCCUCCGAGACCCAGACGAGUAUGUCAGGAAGAAUGUCACCACACUGAUGAGAGAGAUCACGAAACACACACCUGAGCUGUCUCUGAUGAUCGUGAACGCGGGUGGUGUGGCGGCGGUGAUUGACUACCUGGGUGAUUGCCGUGGUAACGUGCGGUUACCUGGGAUCAUGAUGCUUGGAUAUGUGGCCGCUCACUCUGAAAACCUUGCCAUGGCCGUCAUCGUGUCUAAGGGGGUGCCCCAGCUGGCCAUCUGUCUGUCUGAGGAGCCAGAGGAACACAUCAAGGCGGCCACAGCGUGGGCGUUUGGCCAGAUCGGCCGCCACACCCCGGAGCACGCCAGGGCCGUGUCCACAGCUAACGUCCUGCCCAAGCUGCUGGCCCUCUGCAUGGACACAGACAGCUCUGAGGACUUGCAGGUCAAGGCUAAGAAGGCUCUGAAGAGCAUCCUACAGAAGUGCACCUACCUGCCUGCUCUGGAGCCCCUGCUCUACGAAGCUCCCAGCAACAUCCUGAAACACGUUGUCUGCCAGUUCAGCAAGGUGCUGCCCCAUGACAGCAAGGCUCGUCGUCUGUUUGUGACCAGCGGAGGCCUGAAGAAGGUUCAGGAGAUUAAGGCUGAUCCUGGAUCUGCCCUGCAGGAGUACAUCAACUCUAUCAACAACUGUUACCCUGAGGAGAUAGUCAGGUACUACUCCCCCGGCUACUCAGAGACGCUGCUGGAGCGGGUAGAGAAGUACCAGCCUGUCUGAGGGUCUUAGCCUAACCUACUGGGGGCAGAUGGGCUCACAUACCCCACCUUACUGAUUUUACCAUUUCACCCCAAUCCAUGAAUAUGAGGACAGCAGACCUAUAUAAAACAAUCUCUUAUUAUUGCAGUGAUUAUGAGUCUUUGUCUCAAUGGCCAGUACAUUAUCAUAUGGACUGUAUAUGCAUUGUCAUAGCUGUGUAGGUCUGUGUUAGCAUUUGUUAAGAGGAAUGAGGAAUUGCAUCAUUGUCUUGCUCAAAUUAAAUCAUUAACUUGCUCAACAGUGUACUCUGUAUGUCUAAACAAGUAACUUAUUAGUAUUGAACCAACUUCUAUUGAACCAUUGUAUAUGCACCUAGUCUUGUGUUUGUUUUAAUAUUCAUAUGAUUAUUUUAUAUUCAUAGGAUAUAUGAUUAUUUCCACUAGAAAUGUAAUGUUGCGUGCAUUAUUGCUUUUUGGAUUAUAGAAACAUCAUCAUCCAGCAUGCAUGUCUUUAAAAAACAACAACAACAUUAUAAUACAUUAAACGUAACUGCCUAUCACCAUAAAGAUUUUUCAUUAAAACAGGACAGUGAAAAUAAAGAUAUACUCAAUAUUA